UGGCGCCUGUCGGAAGCCCAGGCAGAAGGAAUGGUGGCUAAAGUUUUAACGAUUUAAAUGCAGAGUUUAAUUCACAUAGGCCUUUCGGACACAUCCGUCCCCAAAGGAAGGCCAGAACAGGAAAGAAGCAAACAAGAAAGUUAGGAUCAGCCUAUCGCCUGUUCUGGGACAGACCCUACAUUUUUUAGUCUUAGUAUAUGUUUUCUUGGCAUUUUGUGUACACCAACAGGUAAUAUCCUGUUGCACAUUAUGCAUAUUUUAUUUCGGUAGUAUUCCAAGCCCCUAACCAACAAGGGUGGCCGAAUUUCCCUUGAAGAGCAAUCUCAACUAAUUUCAGGAAAUUUCGGGAAGAAGUGCGCGAUCGACAAUCAAAGCGAAGGAAAACUUUACCAAGAAAUGCCAGAAAUUGACGUUGAAGAAGAGGGCGGUUUUCCUGUGAAAAGACAUGACCCAGAGGAGGACCAAGAUGUGGAGAAGAAAGGAUGCUGUGAUGCGCUUCACACCUCGGUCUCCAAAUGGAUGCUUCCAGAGGAACUCCACGAAACAUACUUGGAGCGUACCAACUGCUGUCCACCACCGAUCUUCAUCAUCCUUGUCAGCAUAGGCGAGCUGGCAGUAUUUAUCUACUAUGCGGUGUGGAAGCCUCAGAAGCAGUGGGUGACACUGGACCAAGGCAUCUGGAACAGUCCCCUCACCUACAAACCUGACCAUAGGCAGGAAGCCUGGCGUUUUCUCUCCUACAUGUUUGUGCAUGCUGGGGUGCAGCACAUUGUGGGCAAUCUUGUGCUACAGCUCUUGCUUGGUAUCCCCUUAGAGCUGGUCCAUAAAGGCUUCGAGGUGGGAAUGGUCUACCUGAGUGGUGUUCUAGCAGGAUCUCUGGCCAGCUCCAUCUUUGACCCAUACAGCGCUCUCGUGGGUGCCUCUGGCGGAGUUUACGCUCUUAUUGGCGGAUUCUUCAUGAAUGCCUUGGUGAACUUCAGGGAGAUGAUUCCACUACUGGGUGCCUUCCGUAUCCUGGUGAUCGUCGUCAUUGUGGGAACAGAUGUGGGCUUUGCUCUCUACAGAAGAUUUCUGAGUGAUGCAGUUGGACUGAAGGUGUCUUUUGUAGCCCACAUUGGGGGUGGAAUAGCAGGCAUGACCGUCGGCUACGUGUUCUUCAGCAACUACAACCAGAAGCUUCUAAAAGACCCGCGCUUCUGGCUGUGCAUUGUGGGAUACGUUGUCUUCUUUCUUUUUGCUGUUCUCUUUAACAUCUUCCUGUCCCCAGCUCCUCACUGAAGAGUGUAAAAAUAUUAUAGCCAAAGCCAUGUUCUAGGCACCACCAUGUGUCUGGUUACAGUGGCAGUUUAGGUGGUGUGCGUGUGUGUAAAACUCUCAGGUAAACAGCUAAUUCUACUUUGUAUAUUGUAUCUCAUUAAAUCAAAGUUAAACUUGAACUUGAAUUUGGAAUUGUCGGGCACAGUCAGAUGAGCUAGAUGUGUACAUUUUUUUAAAAAAGGUUUUUUUUUUUGUGCUUUGACACUACAGCAUACCUCACCAAAGGAUCUGGUGCUACAGAAAUGGACAAGACAGGCUAUUUUGUCAGUGGGUAUUUCAAUAUCUCAUAAAGGUAGAAGCAAUUGUCUAUUGGCAUUGCUUGGUGUGCUGUUUGUUCGAGGUCUACUGAUAUAAGGAUUUAUAUUGGUUUUUAAAUUAUCUGUUUUGAGCAGUGACUGAAUACAGGUGACCAUUUGCUCAGGUCUGUUUGGGGUGGGAACAGUAGCUUUACUUGGUAGUGAUCUGCCAGAUUUGUUCUCAUACUUUCUUCCUCAUUUUUAUGUUAACUACUGGUUUAUUUAAUGUUUGUUUUUAUGCAUAUUCAGGUGUGCAGACAAAGCUUCAUUGAAACAUAGGAGGGAUGAUUUUCUCCUUCAGAUGUUGGGCAUUCCUUCAGGAAUUAAGCUGUAUCCUAACAUACCUUAACCUGUGUCUAAUAUUGAGAGGUUCCUCAGUGUGCAGAUGAGCUGAGGUAGAUCGUUUGUAUGGAGUUAACAACCUGUAGGACCACCCUGGUUUGUAGUAACACUAUAGUAAAAUACCAGUUUGCUCUGGAGAGAGCAGCAGCAGCAGCAGCAUUUAUAUGUGUAGUUGGAGAAUUUCUUCCUGAGGUCUUUUCCCAGUGUUUUGUAGCAUGUAAGCUCCAGUGUUGUAUCCAGCCUUUGAGCCUUUUGCAUUCACUUUAACCCUUAUCCUGUGUCAGCCCUGUUCUCUUCCUCAUUCUUUUGUAAAUUCAACAGCUUAGAAUACUACUGUAAGUAAUGCUGUAAACUUUAAUACUGUAAGUGUUUUGGUUGUUUUAUGUACUUAUUUCUUCCACUGGAUUUUAUUUUAUUAAAUCACCUUUAC